UCGACAGGUGCAACCCCUAAAGCGGCGUCGGCGACAUCAGACCGCAUGGCUAAGCCAGCGGCCUCUGAGGUGCGCCAUUCUGGCACUAAAGUAGCGAUGGGCAGUAGCCAUCCCCAGAAGCACAUUAGUGCAUCAGAAAGGUACUAUCGUACCAGACGGUCAGCCCUCAGAAUCCUGGAGAGACUGAGGGAUAAGAAGCCAGAAGAACUGACCGCAGAAGAGCUGGACUCAAGAAAUUGGGCCGAAAAGUUUAUGGCUGAACACCAGGCGAAAGCCAAACAAGAGUCUGCUCAAGGCAAGCGGAAGUCCUCUAGGGAGCUAAGCUCGGAACCCAAGAGAACAAGGGUAUCCGCCUUUUUAACAGCGGACGAGCUGCAGAAAAGAUCCUUCGCGGACGCGGCGAAGGACACAUUUACCAGGGCUGUGAUAGACCGCAGCUCACUUGAUGGUGCAAUAUCACCACAAAACUGGGACCUGGUCAACAGGCGACUCUGGGCCGUCUAUAAGGAGGUUCUAGCGGAAAACCCAGGACCACCCCCCAGUUGUGCGGACGCCGGUUGGUUCCAAAACCGCGUCAAAUUAACAAGGUGCGCGGACCAGAGAUCCGUCGACCUAUACACCCUGGCCAUCAGUCGCGUAGGCGAGGUCUGGCCGGGUGCACGCCUUGAGGCGAUAAAGCGGGAAGACAUUCCCAAUCGGCCCAGAUCCAGGGCCUGGAUUCCAGACUUCCACACCGACCCACAGGAAGUGCUGGAAUGGAUACGUAUGGGCAACCCCGAGCUACCCACCCACGACUGGAAGGUAGCAAAGAUAGGCGAUAUCGAUGGCAAGCGAAGGUUAGCGGUAAUAGUCCUCAACGAGGAAUCAGUAGAACCGCUAGCCAACCAAAACUGGAGGAUAAACUAUGGCUUCCAAGCCUUGAACCUCCAUGUUUAUCGGCAGGACGUGUCAGGGAAACAACACCCUACCGACGAAGCGAGCGCAGUGGAAAGUGCUACUGACGACGAAGUGGCAUCCACCUCCGGAAUGGUCGGCGAACUCUUCGAGAGGGUGACUCUAGAAGAGGGGGCGGGGGACCACUCCGACUUUUCCGACACCAUGGUGGAAGGAGAAGGGGAGGAUAUCCUCCCCCUUUCUGACGAAGAGGACGUCAACCGGACUGUGGUUGGCUGUCCAGCAGCAGCACGCGAAACUGAUGGUGGGGAUAGUUCAGAUUAAUCUCCACCACUGCAAGGCGGCCUCAGCCGCACUUCUCCUCCGUCUCGCCGAAAGAGAAGAGGAGAUCGCACUCAUCCAGGAGCCUUGGGUCAUAAAAGAUCGGGUUUGUGGAUUGAAUAUGAAGGGAUACAAGCUGUUCUAUGUAACUGACAAAGUUUAGCGAUGCGGACAACGUCAUCAUUGCAGUGGAAUCAGGCGGAAUGUCUAUUUGGCUGGCUUCCACAUAUAUGGCCCACGACGCGGACACAUUACCUCCACCACAAUCCUUAAGGAGCGCGGUAAUGGAGGCCUCUAGACGCGGCACUCCGAUGGUCAUAGGAGCGGACGCGAAUGCCCAUCAUCACAUAUGGGGCAGCUCAGAUACAAAUGAACGCGGUGAGUCGAUAUUCGAAUUCAUUAUGUGCAAUAACUUACAGGUUAGCAACGUAGGUGAUACCCCUACCUUUGUGACGUCUGUUAGAAGGGAGGUCCUUGACAUUACAUGUGUCAAUGAGCA